UGGGAAUUGUUCCACUUUUCGAUUGGCAGCAACCCCCCUAUCAAGCGACUCGAACCCUGUCACCUGCAAAGUGCAUCAGCGCAUCAGCCACCGACCUGGACGACAGACGACCGUCGAUGACCAAAGGCGCCAGGAUCAUCUCCAUCACGACUUCAACGCACCUCUCCAUCUCCGGUAUUCAUUACGCAAUAGCCGCGAGUAUCCUUGCCGUUGAAAAGAUACAGUUACAUAAGAUCAUAUGCAUUUGAGCCUCUCCUAGACCUCUCACGAUGUCCCGGCGGACACUCGGCCCUGAGCUCCUCCCUCGGGAGGAUGCCGUCGUCAAGACAUCGGAGACCGCUCGGGAGGCAUCCUGUCGGCUUCGAAACGACAAGAGAUGGAACUUCCAUAAGGACGAGAUCCGGAGAAUCUAUAUCGAGGAGGACCGGACGCUUCAGGUGACCAUGAGGAUGAUAGAGGAGAAGUAUGGCUUUAAAGCAAGCCCUAGGAAGUGGAAGAUGAAACUAAAAGAAUGGAACUUUGAAAAGUACUUCCCCUCAGCCAUCAUGAGCUUUGCUGUUGCCAAGACGGAGAAGAGAAAGAAUGACGAAGGGAAAGACACUGUUUUCUAUCACGGCAAAUCCUUGAUUCCUUCUGAGAAGAUAGAACACUUCAAAAGAAGGAAAAUGUCGAAUAAAGCCCGGAUAGCAAGUCCAGAUCCAGGCACGCCAAGAGAUAUCAGCUACCAUACCCCAGGUCCUGAGCGGUCACCAUCGCCUAUUCCAGAAGAGCCGACCGAUCACCGUUCGACACCAGGAAAUCAGAGAAGUGUUACUCCAUUGAUGGAUCAAGGUGUCACUCCUGCCAUGGAACAUAGUGUGACGCCAAGACCUGCCUACAGCCUUCCUCAGAUGAUGGACGAAGACUAUCCUCGAGUAGAACCACCAGCAAUGAACUAUGAGCCCAGAGUAGAGGAUAUGGACGAGGACAUGGAAGACUAUGAAGUUACUCCCGCACCGCCUAGCUAUACCGAUGAAGUUCCUGUCCUCAGCCCUCUCAUGCCACUGUCGUCCCCGAAUUCCUCAUCAAACCUUCAAGACCUCUCCCCCAGUCCACAAGCAACUUCACAAGAUCACGUCGCCCUUCCACAGAUGCAAUAUCUUACAAUAAAUCCUGUAUUUCUAGAUGUGAAUCAUGUCGGAGAGGAAUCGAAUUCAUCGAAUGGUGACCAGAUGGCAUAUCAAAUGGACAGGCCAGACACGGGAAAGAGCCCUGACGUGCAAAUGGGGGAGAAAGAAGGAAGUGCAGAAGUAUCAGAUAGUCUGAUUCACGGCGUUGUCAUCGACUUUCCACGGAUAGCUUCACGCCUUUCAGGUUUUGAUAUUGCCGGCCAGACAUCUUAUCUUCGAGGAUCCGACGACAUGUUACCGCCUAUCGAGGGGAACACAGAUGAAAGAGCACUGGAUGGAACUUUAGCGUCGUUUGAAGAGAAAAUGGAACUCGCUCAAUCAUAUCGAGAAAGCGGCUCCUUGAGAAAUGCUGAGUCAGCAUACUUACAAGCUUUGGUGGAAUAUUCGGAAAUACCCAGCGUGGAAGGGAAGAUCGCUCAACACAUCCCGGAAUUCUUACUCUUUUUCAGAUCACUGAAUAACACUGGCCCUCAACACAACUUAGAUCAGAGCGUUUUCAUAUGUCGAUGGCUACUGGUAACCUGCGAGAAAGAGCUUGGCCAGAGGGCAGAAACGAUGCGAACGACACAUGCACUUGCGGACUUACUACGAAGAUCCAAUCGUUUAGAUGAUGCGGAAGACUUGUACACGAAAGCAUUUACUGGAUUUAAAGACCUUGGCAUGGUCAAAGAGAGACUGGAAUGCCAGCGCUCCCUCGGAACACUGCUCUUCGUGGUAGGACGCCUCGACAAAGCAGUACACAUGCUCGUUUCGACGCUCUGCGAAUACAUGACGGACGACUCAUUGGAGGGAGAAGAAAUUGGAGGAGUACUAACGGCCCUCUCGGACGCUUUCACAAAAGUAAAACACGACAAGCAUUGGGACGUCAUGAAGUCGUCCGUCGCUCAACUGCAAGUCCUCCUCAUCCGGCCCAGCGCUGUCUGUCGCUGGUCGCAGAACAUCCCUCCGAAAGUCUUUCUCGAAGCAAUGCGUCUCGCAUCCACCAUCUCCGAGCAAGACUGGUACGACACAGCAGAGAUGCUCUAUCUUGUCACAGUCCCCAGGAUCCACGCCUUGGACAACUUCAUCUACGGUCGCAAAAAAGCCGACGCCUUCAUCGCAUACUGCAUGCAGCAUCAGCGGCGUAAGCAAUGGCGUAAAUGCAUCCGUGAUAUCCUGCACGCCUACAAAUGUCUGAUGGCUGGAGACCGCGAGUCAGCAGUACAAGAAGGGCCCGUCGAUCUCCUACGUGAGACAUGGUCACUUAUCAAGAAAGCUGUUGCCGAAGAGCCAAACGUCACGAAAGAUGCGUCGACGCGAGAAUCAAUGCGAAAGAUCGACCACGCGGAUCAGAAGUUGCUGUGUUGGAAGAAGCUGCAGCUGAGUGGACUGCUCGACGAGAGCGAAGAGGAAGAUUGGGACAAAGAUACCACGCGCAGCUCCAAAUACGGAGUUACGUACAGUGUGAGCGAUGUAACUGGAGUCAGCUACUCUGCUUAUUAUAGAGAAUUGCAUUAGGUGUUUCGCUUUUGGGAGUUCGCGGCGCGAUAUGGCUUUGGUUGGGUGAGGAAUGGCAUUGCAAGCAAGGAGCAGGUUUGGGUCAGGGUAUGCGCAUCGAGCAUUGGUGCAUGAGCAAGUACAUAUGUAGAGAGAAUACCCCCUCAUUUUGUUUAUCUGUCUACUUCUUGUUUCUGUUUUCGGCUGGGAAAUCUUGGUGUUGGAGAACCGGAGCGGAAAGAUUUGAUUCGAGAUUGCUGUCAUUUAGCGUUGCGUUGUUCUUGCUUCUAUUUAUAUGUCGGGAUGAGUGGCCAGUCGCAUAUAUAUACACUUAAUUCUCUAUAUGAUGAAACGAGACUAUGAUAGAA